AUGUAUCGAGUGUAUUUCUCAAAGUCGGAAAGCGAGGGAAUUGAAGUUGCCGAACUCACUUUGAGUUAUAUUGCACCUCCUACUACCAUUCCUCCUACAACUUUGCCUCCAACAACCGUAAUUCCUACUACUGAGGUUCCUACCACUGAGGCUCCUACCACUGAACUUCCUACUACUCUGCCACCUACUGUUCUUCCACCAACUACUUUGCCUCCCACCGCUGAGAUACCUACCACUCUGCCUCCUACCACCGUAAUUCCUACUACUGAGGUUCCUACUACUGAGGUUCCUACCACUGAAGCUCCCACUACUUUGCCUCCCACUGCUGAGGUUCCUACCACUGAAGCUCCCACUACUUUGCCUCCCACUACUUUGCCUCCCACUGCUGAGGUUCCUACUACUGAGGUUCCUACUACUGAGGUUCCUACUACUGAGGUUCCUACUACUGAGGUUCCUACUACUGAGGUUCCUACUACUGAAGCUCCUACUUUGCCUCCUACUACUGAGGUUCCUACCACUGAAGCUCCCACUUUGCCUCCUACUACUGAGGUUCCUACCACUGAAGCUCCCACUACUUUGCCUCCCACUGCUGAGGUUCCUACUACUGAGGUUCCUACUACUGAGGUUCCUACUACUGAAGCUCCUACUUUGCCUCCUACUACUGAGGUUCCUACCACUGAAGCUCCUACUUUGCCUCCUACUACUGAGGUUCCUACUACUGAAGCUCCUACCACUGAGGUUCCUACUACUGAGGUUCCUACUACUGAGAUUCCUACCACCGAACUUCCCACUACUUUGCCUACCACUACUUUGCCUACCACUACUUUGCCUACCACUGAGGUUCCUACCACCGUAGUUCCCACUGCUGAGGUUCCUACUACUGAGGCUCCUACUACUGAGGUUCCUACCACCGAACUUCCCACUACUGAGGUUCCUACCACUGAAGCUCCCACUACUUUGCCUACCACUACUUUGCCUCCCACCGCUGACUGUCCUACUACUGAGGCUCCUACCACUGAAGGUCCUACCACUGAACUUCCUACUACUCUGCCACCUACUGUUCUUCCACCAACCACUUUGCCGCCUACUACUGAGUUACCUACCACCCUUCCACCUACCACUCUGCCUCCUACAACUUUGCCACCUACCACUCUGCCUCCUACAACUCUGCCUCCUACAACUCUACCACCUACCACUCUGCCUCCUACAACUCUUCCACCAACCACCGAACCUCCUACCACUGAGAUUCCUACCACUGAGAUUCCUACCACCGAGCCUCCUACUACACCAGCACCUAUUACGUGUCCUGCUAACAGUGAUGUUCCUGAAAGUGUAGUUGGAACGAUCCUCUAUGUUUCUUGUGGAGCAGGUUUCAUUGGUCAGGUUAAGUGGACUUGUUCGGCUCCUGAGGGCUAUGGAGUGUGGGUGAAGAAUUCCGAAGAUUGCAUCCCGCAGAUUCCUCCUGAAGGCAAGAUCUAUAUUCCAUUCUUGAUUACUUGUCAUAACGUGAACAAUUACUGGACGGAUGACGUUCUGAGUGCAGUGCGCCAGGCGUACGCGAAUGUAUUGAGUAUUAGUGCGCAGUACAUUCAGCUUUGGGAGAAAAAGGAAGCAUAUCGAAGACUCUUGGAUACUCUCACGGCCUAUGGUCAGAUCGAAGCCACUCCCGAAGAGGAGCCGCAGCUUCUUGUUGCCUUGGUGAGUUCUACUGCUCAGGUCGAUGCCCAGUUAAAGAUUAUGGAUCCUACGAUGUUCCCGGCUGAGUACUACACAACUCUUGACGAGCAUCCAGCUGUCCCCACUCUAUUGCCUACGACUCUUCCUCCCACUACGUUGCCUCCCACUACAUUGCCUCCUACAACUCUUCCUCCAACAACAUUACCUCCAACUUCCAUUCCUACAAUUUCUCCCACUACGAUAGUUCCCACCGCUCCACUUGUUUGCACCAGUGGAUUCGUCGAGGUUACCUUCUCUUCAGUGUCGGGUAGCUCCGCCUGCCAAAUUCGUGUCUCGGAUAUCACGGGUAAAUCGAACGGAUUGUUACUGAUUAAUGGUCUGGAAACAAAGAAGAAGUAUUGUUUGAACCCUGGUUAUUACUAUGUGGGUUGUGAAGAUACUGCGGUGGUCAACGUCAACUAUGACUCGUUUGAUAAAGACUUCUCCUUGCAGGUGCCGGCUCUUUCUGUAGUACUGGCUAUUUCGGAUACAGAGAGUCCUUACACCACUGUGCCGGAAGCUCACACUCGUCCCGACUUCGAUAAGAGCAAGCCUCUUAGCGGUAAACCCGCUUAUCCUGCUGAUCCUACGGAUCACAAAUCGGAUUAUACUUGCGAUCAGAGUGGCUAUUUGCGUUAUCUCAACGCAUGGCCAGAAACCAUGAAGUGCACAUCGCGCGAUGUGACAACGACCGAGUUCCAGACCCGUUUGGAGUACUUCAUCGAUUCGUGCGAGAAGAUUCACGACUGGAAUCUCCGCGGUCGUUAUGAUUUCGAGUUUACUUUCUAUGCGGAUUGGGAUCCAAUGGAGUUCGAAGAGCUGACGACCACGAAGCAGCGCUACACGGGAGUGAAAGCCCAUGUUCCGUUCACGGUCCCCGUGUAUAACAACUCGAAUUGGCGAUAUCUGAUGCCCUCUUCGGAUCCUUGUGACGAUGUUUUCGAGGGCAGAGAAAAUCAUCUCCGUGAACUGGUCUGCAAGCCUCAGAAUUGCUCCGUUUCUUGGGCUUUUGCCGUGACCAACUCGAUCGAGUACGCGAUCAAGAAGCUGUAUCUGGACACCUACGAUCAGCUGGUGGAAGUGGCGCUCUCUGCGCAGGAGCUGAUUGAUUGCGUGGGCAAGGAGCACGAUAUGGAGGGCAAGGUGUGCGAUGGUCUGCCUAUUGCGUGGGGAUUCGAUUAUGCGUUCGAGAACGGAAUCGCCUUCCGUCAGUACUAUCCUCAGACUGGUACUGAGAAUCAGUGCCAGUUUGUACCGGACGAGCAGAAGUACCAUAUUGCCGGUUAUGAGAAGCCUCAUGUGUACAACAAGCUGGGACUGUUUGAGCUGGUGAUGAAGGGUCCCACGGCGGUGUCGAUGGGUCUGGACCCUGAGUAUUUCCAGUACUACCGCAAUGAUCGUGCUGAAGGCCCGUACUUCACCAAUGCUUACUGGAGACCUUCUGUGUAUGGUGUGGUUGUGGAGUAUUUGCAGUAUGCUGUGGAAGGAGCCCCUGAGUUUGCUGAGUGGCCCUAUUUUGCUGUUGAGUCGAGACUGCGUGCUUGUGACUCGUUUGUGUAUCGUCUCCCCAUCCGCGAGACGACGUCUGAUGCGAAUAUUGCUGGUAUUGCUGGAUUUGCUAUCCGUCCUGUGGUGAAUGAACUCUUGCCUACUCCUCAACCCCCUGCUAUCGAAUAAGUCAGUAUAUAGGUUCUUGGGAAGCAAA